GGUUGAAAGUUAGGUUAGGUUUGCCUGUUGAGGUAGCGUCUUAGAUAACACGUGUUCUUGGGGUGGUAAGGAAGAAUUCUUACACAAGUUGAAAACAAAAUUCAUGAGUUCUCAGCAUAAUUACCUCCAAAAAUAAACAAUAUAUUUGUAACUUUGAGUCAGUACAUACAAGUUUUGAGAAGAUAUUUUAGGAGAAACAGUAUGAAAGUGGUUGAAACAAUAUAUCUACGAUCUAUUUGGGUGGAAUUAGAGUUUAUUUGUAGGCAAAUAUAUUUAUGAGAAGACGUGUAGGGACGCGAGAAACGUCAUGUAGUAGAAUGCUGCUGAAAUCUGAGAGUAUAUCACCACUUCAAGUAUUGUAUCUGGAUCGACAUGCGGUGCCUCAUCGAAGACAUCUGAAAAAAGUUAGGUCGUCGACCGCAGCAGUGAGGAGUAGCACCAGCGUCAGUUGUCGGUUAAUUGAGAAAACGGUCAAAGUUUUGGCGUCCAAAUGCGUGGCCAGCAAAUCGUGUUUGAUGUUCAUGUUUCGAAGCCGAAGAUCGAAUCUGGGUAGGCGGCUUUGGAAGGCCCGAAUCCGUUCCAGCCGCCAUGAAGCCGGGAGUAAGAUUAAAGACUGGGAGACGCUGUACCGGUCCGGAUUACUUAAGGAGGCCCAGCUGGAACUUUUGGUGAAUGCUGUGGAAUUGAGGGACACCAGUGAGUGUGUGCUACUGCCGAGGGCCGGUCAGGUGCAGGAACCGCAUUUCCUGUGUUGUCAGAUUUGGAGGUGGCCCGAUCUGAAGUCUGCCGCCGAUUUGAAGGCGAUUCCUGCCUCUUGCAAGAACGCCGACAACGAUAUGUAUAUCUGUUGCACUUACCACUGGAGUCGACUCUGUAAACCUGUCUGGCGCCAAGUAGUGAAACCGGCAACACUGUGCAUCGGUCUCCCAGUUCCCAAGAGGCGCAUCAAAGGCAUUGCAAUGCUAUACAUGCAUACUGUGAGACCGGUUCACAGAGUCUCCCCUCCACCUUACUGUCGUUUCUCCAGAGAGAGGUUAAAGCCUGAAGACCGAGCCCCGAGCGAAGGAAACUGUUGUGAAGGUGAUACCCAACUCGAACUGCGGGGCUCUCUUGCCACCAAUGGAGAAGGCGACCGUUGCAGUUCGGAAUGGUGUCGUCUGGCCUACUGGGAGCUGUCACGGCGUGUCGGCCGGCAGUACGGUGUGAACCGGCCCACAAUCGACGUGUUCUGGGACGAGCCGCGCGGCGACGGUCUCUGUCUGGCCGCACUGGCGAUGCACAGCUUUUCGCCGCAGAACGCGGUCAAUUGCACCGGUGGCGGCUCGCCGACGCACGCUCAGAACGCGGCCAACUGCAGCGGCUCACCGGUGAACAACAACUGUGCGACUGCGCAGAACAACAAUGUGAUGUCGCCGCCCCCCUCUCCGCCUGAUCAACACACGCCCGAUGUGGUCAGACGGGCUAGGGAGAAGAUUGGACGAGGUGUAACACUGUGCCUAGAAUCGGACGGUGUGUGGGCGUAUAAUCGGAGUGAAUCGCCCAUGUUUGUGCACUCGCCCUCCUUCAUGGACGACCCCGACUGUUCCCCACCUCCGCCCUCGCACUACUCACCCUCGGCCCCACUCCUGGUGCAGCGGGUGCCUCCCGGCCACUGUCUCAACGUGUUUGUCAGGCCGCAUUGUACAUGUCCUACAGGUGAUCAGGUAACGUCACCGGGCGUUACGUCACGCUGCGACUGCGUUACGCCUGCCUCGGCGCAUGCGCGUACAAUCACAACGCCAGCGGGUCCAGUAGACCCCAACUCCGUCCGCAUCAGCUUCGUCAAGGGCUGGGGACCCAAGUACUCCCGCCAGGAGGUCACCGCUUGCCCCACUUGGCUCGAGGUACUGCUAGCACCGUGUAGGUGAUGUCCGGUGUAGGGUGGACUUAGAGGACUCGUCUGAUGUGCAGGGGCCUUAGAAAACGUUUGAUGAGUUGGUGGAUUGGACUUAGAUUGAAUUGUACAGUGUGUGAGGGCGUUGUUUGGUGCCUUAUAUGUGAUGUCCGGUGUAGGGUGGCCUUACAGGACUAGUGUGAUGUGUAGGGGGCCUUGAAAUACGUUUGGUAAGUUGGUGGAGUAUAAUAAAAUAGUUGAAAACGUUUAAUAGGUGGUCUUGGAGGACUUAGAAUGAAUUGUGAAGUGUUUAAGGGCCUUAGGUUGCUUCUAUAGUGAGGUCCACGUUAUAAUGACAGUAUUUGUCUAUCAUUCGACAAAGCCGGUGGUACUAUCCUUUUCUAGGUCCACAACAAUGCCAAUUAUGU